AACAUCGAAACAUUUUGAAAUUUUGUGCUUAAUAAUAUACUAUCAUUUAUAGAACCAUGGCUGAUAAUGCCCACAAGGCAACAACGGAAGAACUUGUCAGACAUCUUGAAGUUCGGAAGAAGCUGGAUGCUCUGAAAUUAGCCAGAGCAGCUCAACGAUCUGACGAAGCAGUAGGAGGGGCGGCUGCUGGAGCUGGUGAUGCUGCCGUUGGUGGAGGAGCGGCGGCUCCUGGAAGAUUGGCUCCGAGAAUUGGAGGAAUGGGAAGAGCUGCUUUCAUAGAAUCCAUCAAGAGGAAUAAUGCUGACCUGGCUGCAAAAGGAGUACACAAUGAAGAGCUUGGGAAGUAUCUCAGUGAUCAAGGCUUACUCCUGAAUUUACAAGAACAUGUGCCAAUUGUUAUUCCUCCUGCUAUCACUGUUCCUUCAGCUAGCACUGCUCCUCCGAGCUCAGCUCCAACUGUUCCUGCUUCUGCCAGAGCCCGUAUUCUGGAGAGGGCUAGGCAGAUGGCUGAAGCGAAAGCCAGAAAUAAACUUCUCGAUCCAUCGUCGACCACUAAACCUGAAAAUAUAUCUCGGAACGAUUCUGGAAACAAUACUCAGAAUCUGUCUGGGAAUACAACCCAGAAUCAAUCUGGGAAUACUGCCCAGAAUCAAGGAAAUACAACUCUGAAUGUAUCUGAGAAUUCUCUGGUAGUCACUGCUUCUACCCACAACUUAUCUGGGUUAUCUGAAAGUAAAACCAAGAAUUUGACAGAUGAAGGUAUUGUAUCCGGGAGCUUUGGAACCUCUACUCAUGCCGGUACAGAUGGUACAGCUGGUACAGCUGGUACUGGCGAGCUAGUGGACAGGGACAAGUUCUCCCUCCUCCCAACCUAUCCUCCAAAGAAGAGAGGAGAAAAGGGAAGGGAGUUCAACGCUUCCGCAAAUAUUGUCAGGUUGACCGUGAAGCAGGAUAUGGGGGUAUAUGAGUAUAGUGUUCAAUUCAAUCCUCCCAUGGAUAAUAUCAGAGAGAAGAAACGUCAUAUCCGGAGGUUUACGGAUACCAUAGGAGCUACAUACAAGUUUGAUGGUGCUACGCUAUGGUUACCGAUUCUCCUACGCAAGCUUCAUAAUGUGUUCAGCAUAACCUCAGAGUCUGGUGAGCCAGUGCUGGUAACUAUCCGUCCAGUUCGUCGAGUUGAGUUAAAAAAUGCUCUGCAUUUUUUCAAUGUUCUCUUCAACAAGAUAAUGGAGAUACUCAAGUUCGUGGAGAUCAAGAGGAAUCACUAUGAUCCUUUAGCUCCAAUGAUGGUUCCGCAGCAUAAGCUUGAGAUCUGGCCUGGAUAUGUAUCAAGAGUUCAUGAAACUGAUGGAGGACUGAUGCUCAUCUGCGAUACUUCAUUUAAAGUUCUCCGGAAUGAAUUUGCUUAUGAUAUCAUCCGUGAGGUGACAAAGAGAGGUGGAGGUAAUCUCAAGAAUACUCUGGAGAAGGUUCUUGUUGGACAGAUUGUAAUGACUGAGUACAACAAGGCACAAACCUACAGAGUAGAUGAGAUAGAUAUGGAAACAACUCCUCAAAGCUCCUUCAUUAAUUAUAGAGGCGAGUCUCAGACCUACAUCAACUACUACAAGAAUAAGUGGAACAUUGAUAUUAAGGACCAUGAGCAGCCCAUGAUUGUAUUCAGGGAGAGGAGGAAAAAACAAGAAGAGUUCAACGAGGAGAGGCUUGUCUACUUGGUUCCAGAACUGUGCAGGAUGACCGGACUCACUGAUGCCAUGCGGGCAAAUUAUGGUGUAAUGAAGGAUGUUGCUCUCUUUACCAAAGUUUCUCCGGAUCAGAGACAGCAGGCUCUGAAGAAAUUUUUGAAGAAGGUGAAUGAUAAUCCUGAAGCCAGUCAGAUUCUUAAUGACUGGGGGCUUGCUCUGGACACUGAACCAAUCAGGAUGAAGGGAAGGAUCCUAGACCCGGAGAAGCUGGUGAUGGGCAAGGGAUCCAAGUUCACUGUCAACUUGAAGGCGGACUGGGGCAGAGAUUCUACUAACAACAGCAGCUUGGUCUCAGUUCCGUUGAAGACCUGGCAUAUCGUGUGCGCUGACCGCAACACAGCAGUUGUUAAAGGGUUUAUAGAGCUUGUGAGAAAGCUAGCUCCCAAGAUGGGAAUGGAUGUCACCCAGCCAACACUCUCCAUCAUUCAGUCUGAUAAAACUGAUCUGUAUCUGAGGGAUUUGAAGGAGAAGAUUAAUGGUAGUACACAGAUAGUCGUCUGUAUAGUUCCCCUCCAGAGAGAAGACAGGUAUGGAGCUCUCAAGAAGUUCUGUAAUGUUGACUGUCCUAUACCUAGCCAGGUGAUAGUUGCGAAGACUAUAUCAGAUGAGAGGAAGGUGACGAGCGUUGUGCAGAAGAUCCUACUGCAGAUAAACUGCAAGCUGGGUGGGGAGCUGUGGGGGUGUUCUAUUCCCUUGAAGAACCUGAUGUGUAUUGGUAUUGAUGUGUACCAUGAUCCCUCCAGACAGAGGCCUAGUGUUGUAGGUGCUGUUGGUUCGAUGAACUGCACAAUGUCCAAGUGGUACAGUGACUGUAGGCUCCAGGAGACCAAGGGUCAGGAGCUGAUAGAUGUUCUCACAAUCUGUCUAGGAAAAUUGGUUCAGAAAUAUAGAGAGCUAAACAAGUGCUUUCCAGAUCAGAUUGUUCUGUUCCGUGACGGAGUCGGAGAUGGACAGAUUGAUACAGUGGCGCUCCAUGAAGCUGUUCAGAUUGAGAGAUUCUUCACAACAAUGAAGUUCAACCCUGAGUUUAUCUUCAUCAUUGUUCAGAAGAGAAUUAACGAGAGGUUCUUUGAUUUGAAUGGGAGUGGGAAGUAUCAGAACCCUCCUCCUGGGAGUGUUAUUGAUCACACCAUCAUGAGAGUUCAAUACUACGAUUUCCUGCUAGUAUCUCAACAUGUUUCACAGGGAACUGUAACCCCGACUCAUUAUGUUGUGAUUAAAGAUACCUCAAAGUUCUCUCCUGAUAUUGUUCAGAAGAUCAGUUAUAAACUGACCCAUAUGUACUUCAACUGGCCUGGAACUAUCCGUGUACCAGCACCCUGCCAGUACGCUCACAAGCUAGCUUAUCAGGUUGGAGAACAUGUGAAGAUGGAACCAUCUAUGCUACUCAUGGACCGUCUCUUCUACCUCUAGAUUGGAGAACAUGUGAAGAUGGAACCAUCUAUGCUACUCAUGGAACGUCUUUUCUACCUCUAGAUUCCAAUCUAGUCGAAUCAUAGCAGUAGAAAUUAUUAAAACAACCUGCUCAAGUAUAGAUUUGGUGAUGUUAAGAAUUAUUUAACCGUUUUAAGUUCAUAAUUUUUAACAGUAAAAAUCUAUCAGAACAUCACCAUCUCUAUAAUAAUCUUUCUUCAAGACAAAGUAUAAUUGAACAAUUUACCGCGCUAGGCUGGUAAACUCAUAUUUGUAAUUAAAACCAGUUUUUUGUACUAUUUUUUUUGUGUUAAAAUAUUGUUCUUUGACUUAAGCUCAAUGUUAAAUAAUGAUUAUUUCUGGAAUUUUUUUCUUCAAAAUUUAUGUAAUUGAUUGUAAUGGCGAUAUCACAUCUAAAAAUGUUUUUUUUUGCA